UCUGCGGGUGAAAGGGGCUCCGGCGCGCCGACGCUGCUCGUCCGGCCCCUCUGCCGCAGGGCGCCCUUCUUUUCGGUUUCCCUCACGCUGCUCCGGUGCAGGAAGAGGCUUCGGCGCGGAGAGUGAAGGAAAGGCGCUCACCUGGGAGCGCGAGGGGAGGGCGCGGGCAUCACCCUCGGCUGGAAGUUGGUGCGGGGCUCCGAGCGCGCGCCGGCUGCGGAGCGCAGGGCCGGGCGAGAGGCCGCGGGACCGCGAUGGGCGCGCCGAAGCUCCGGGCGCCCGCGGCGGCGCUGGGGCUGCUGCUGUGCGCGCUGUUGGGACGCGCGGGCCCGGCCGCGGGCAUCAGCCGGGGGGUCGCCGCCGAGCGCCGGUGCCCCGCUCCCUGCCGCUGCCUCGGAGACCUGCUGGACUGCAGCCGCCUGCGGCUGGCGCACCUUCCCGAGCCGCUCCCGCCCUGGGUCGCUCGGCUGGACUUAAGUCACAACAGAUUGUCUGUCAUCAAGGCAAGUUCCACGAGCCACCUUCAAAGCCUUCGAGAAGUGAAACUGAACAACAAUGAAUUGGAGACCAUUCCAAAUCUAGGACCUGUCUCAGCAAAUAUUACACUUCUCUCCUUAGCUGGAAACAGGAUUGCUGAAAUAUUACCUGAACAGCUGAAACACUUUCAGUCCCUGGAAACUUUGGACCUCAGCAGCAAUAAUAUUUCAGAGCUUAAAACUGCAUUUCCACCUCUACAACUCAAAUAUCUGUACAUCAGCAGCAACCGGAUCACAUCGAUGGAACCUGGGUGUUUUGAUAAUUUGGCCAACACGCUCCUGGCGUUGAAGCUGAACAGGAACCGGAUCUCAGCUAUACCACCCAAGAUGUUCAAACUGCCCCAGCUGCAACACCUUGAACUGAACCGAAACAAGAUAAAAAAUGUAGAUGGGCUCACGUUCCAAGGGCUGGGAGCUUUGAAGUCUCUGAAAAUGCAAAGAAACGGAGUAACAAGACUUAUGGAUGGAGCUUUUUGGGGGCUGAGCAACAUGGAAAUCUUGCAGCUGGACCAUAACAACCUAACAGAGAUCACCAAAGGCUGGCUUUAUGGCUUGCUGAUGCUACAGGAACUUCAUCUCAGCCAGAAUGCCAUCAACAGGAUCAGCCCUGAUGCCUGGGAGUUCUGCCAAAAACUCAGUGAGCUGGACCUAACGUUCAAUCACUUGUCGAGGUUAGAUGAUUCAAGCUUCCUGGGCCUAAGCUUGCUAAAUACACUGCACAUCGGGAACAACAAAGUCAGCUACAUUGCUGAUUGUGCCUUCCGGGGGCUUUCCAGUUUAAAGACUUUGGAUCUGAAGAACAAUGAAAUUUCCUGGACUAUUGAGGACAUGAAUGGUGCUUUCUCCGGGCUUGACAAACUGCGGCGGCUAAUCCUCCAGGGAAACCGGAUUCGAUCUAUUACCAAAAAAGCCUUCACUGGUUUGGAUGCGUUGGAACAUCUGCAUUUAAAUACAUCAAGCCUUUUGUGUGAUUGCCAGCUGAAAUGGCUCCCUCAGUGGGUGGCGGAGAACAACUUUCAGAGCUUUGUAAAUGCCAGUUGUGCCCAUCCUCAGCUGCUGAAGGGAAGAAGCAUUUUUGCUGUUAGCCCAGAUGGCUUUGUGUGUGAUGAUUUCCCUAAACCCCAGAUCACGGUGCAGCCAGAAACACAAUCGGCAAUAAAAGGUUCCAAUUUGAGCUUUAUCUGCUCGGCCGCCAGCAGCAGUGAUUCCCCAAUGACUUUCGCUUGGAAAAAGGACAACGAACUACUGCCUGAUGCUGAAAUGGAAAACUAUGCACACCUCCGGGCCCAAGGCGGGGAGGUGAUGGAGUACACCACCAUUCUUCGGCUGCGCAACGUGGAAUUUACCAGCGAAGGGAAAUACCAGUGUGUCAUCUCCAAUCACUUUGGCUCAUCCUACUCCGUCAAAGCCAAGCUUACAGUAAACAUGCUCCCUUCUUUCACCAAGACACCCAUGGACCUUACCAUCCGCGCGGGGGCCAUGGCGCGCUUGGAGUGCGCCGCCCUGGGGCACCCGGCCCCGCAGAUAGCCUGGCAGAAGGACGGGGGCACAGACUUCCCUGCUGCGAGGGAGAGGCGUAUGCACGUUAUGCCUGAGGAUGACGUGUUCUUUAUCGUGGAUGUGAAGAUAGAGGACAUCGGGGUGUACAGCUGCACAGCCCAGAACAGCGCAGGAAGCAUUUCUGCCAAUGCGACUCUGACUGUCCUAGAAACACCAUCAUUUCUGCGGCCCCUGUUGGACCGAACAGUAACCAAGGGAGAAACAGCCGUCCUGCAGUGCAUCGCGGGAGGGAGCCCUCCUCCCAGGCUGAACUGGACCAAGGACGACAGCCCGUUGGUGGUCACAGAGAGGCACUUUUUCGCAGCGGGCAAUCAGCUGCUGAUCAUUGUGGACUCAGAUGUCAGCGAUGCUGGGAAAUACACCUGUGAGAUGUCUAACACGCUGGGCACUGAGAGAGGCCACGUGCGCCUCAGUGUGAUCCCUACUCCGACCUGCGACUCCCCGCAGAUGACUGCCUCAUCCUUAGACGAUGACGGGUGGGCCACUGUGGGCAUCGUGAUCAUAGCCGUGGUUUGCUGUGUGGUGGGCACGUCGCUUGUGUGGGUGGUCAUCAUAUACCACACAAGGCGGAGGAAUGAAGAUUGCAGCAUUACCAACACAGAUGAGACCAACUUGCCGGCAGAUAUCCCUAGUUAUUUGUCAUCUCAGGGAACGCUAGCUGACAGACAGGAUGGGUACGUCUCCUCGGAAAGCGGAAGCCACCACCAGUUCGUCACUUCCUCAGGGGGCGGAUUUUUCUUACCACAACACGACAGCAAUGGGACAUGUCAUAUUGACAACAGCAGUGAAACCGACGUAGAAGCUGCCACAGAUCCAUUCCUGUGUCCCUUUCUGGGACCCCCAGGCCCUGUGUAUGUGAAGGGGAAUGUGUAUGGGCCGGACCCCUUUGAAGCCUAUCACGCAGGCUGCAGCCCGGACCCGCGAGCUGCGUUAAUGGACCACUGUGAGGCCAGUUACAUAAAGAAAAAGGAGUGCUACCCAUGUCCUCAUCCUCCCGAAGAAUCCUGCGAACAGAGGGGCAGUGACACGGGCUGGCCCUCCCACGUGAGGAAGUUAAUCAACUCUACUUACUCUCCGCAUGAAGGACCUGGCCCGAAAAAUGUGUGUCCAAACAAGUCCUCUUUAGAUUUUAGUCCAAGUUCAGAGCCAGCAUCAAUUACCUCAAGUCAUUCGUUCAUGGGAACAUUUGGAAAGCCUCUGAGGAGACCUCACCUUGAUGUCUUUUCAAGCUUUGGACAGACGUCGGAUUGUCAGCCAAGAGCUUUUCACUUGAAAGCUCAUUCUUCCCCAGACUUGGACUCUGAGUCAGAAGAAGAUGGGAAAGAAAGGACAGAUUUUCAGCAAGAAAAUCACACAUGUACCUAUAAACAGACCUUAGAAAACCACAGGACUCCAAAUUUUCAGUCUUAUGACUUGGACACAUAGACUGAAUGGGACCAAAGAGCUCUAAUAUACUACUACCUCAAGUGGACUUUUAUUUAAAAGAGAGAGAAUCCUAUGUUUUUAAAUGGAGUUAUGAAUUUUAAAAGGAUAAAAUGUCUUAUUUAUACAGAUGGACCAAAAUUACCAAAAUUUAUAAAAAUUUUAUACUGGGAGUAACUUUCAUAUAAGAAUUUCUUUUUAAAGUAUUUUAUAACUUUGUUUUAUGCAACAACAAAAAAAUCUUGUGUAAAUUAAGGGUAUAAAUCCAUGACUAUUUUAUGUAUUUUUAUAAUGCCGAAUUUCUUUUUAUUGAAAAUAAGUACUAAAGCAAUUUAAAUAAUACCUGUCUUGUACUUUUUUUUUGAAUAGAGGUCACUUCAUUUUACUUUGCACAUUACAUUUAAUAAAAUGUAUCAUUUUGAUCCCAAGUGUCAUCUAUAUAAUAGCAUUUUUAUUGCUUUCAACACUGUAGGCUUAAUUAUUUCAUAUUAUCAUGUCUCAAAUUGAUGAAAAUUAUAUGCAGCACAUAAAAAUAUGAGCAAAUUCAACCAUUUUGCUUACCUCCCAGGGUUGUAAUAUAGACUCAAAUCAGAUUAGUGUAUGUGAAAGCAUAUAGUAAGUGAGAAGGAGCUGCAAAGAUUCAAGGUACGUUAAUUUGCUUCUAACUCUUCAAACAAAAGAUUUGUUAUACUCUGGUGUAAUAUAGUACAACCAUCAUUGCUUAAGUCACUGCCGGAGCCAUGAGUCCUUAAUUAUAAUAAUGCCUUAUGUGGUCUAAUGCCUUGUGCUUUUCCAAAUAGUUUCACAUUCACCAUCCCUUUAAUUAUAACGAGGGUGGUUUUUUGCACAUUUCUGUAGUUAAAACAGCUAAAGUAGACGUGGAUUUUCAUCCACUGUUCCAGGUUAUAGUAGGAUGCUGGUAGAAUUCUCUGCUGUUCUUACUGAUUUUCUUACAGAAAAAGCUAUUCUAAGCUAUCCAGCAACAUUCUUUAAUAAUUAAAAUAUUUUUGUAAUUUGAUCAUCAUAGCUCUCUACUUGUUAAAAACUGAGUAUCAGAUCUGUUAAACACAUAACAUAAUUUAAAUAUUUGUUUUAAACAGUAGUUAAGUGACAUAGCUUGAAGCAAUAGAAUAAAACAAACUUAAGUUUAAUAACACAGAUAAUGCCCUAACUGGUUUGGCUCAAUGGACAGAGCAUCAGCCUGUAGACUAAAAGGUCCCAGGUUCGAUUCUGGUCAAGGCCACAUGCCCGGUUGCAGGCUCAAUCCCCAGUAGGGAGCAUGCAGGAGGCAGCCAGCCAAUCAAUGAUUCUCUCUCAUCACUGAUGUUUCUAUCUCACCCUCUCCCUACCUCUCUGAAAAAAAAAAACAAUGCAGAUGAUGAAGUUAGAUUUCUUUUUCCAGCAAAUUCUUCACAUCUGUAGUUAAAACAGUCUUCUCUUGCCCAAGAAAAAUUAAAUUUGGUAUGGAAGGAGUUAAUAUAGCACAUUCAGCUUUAAAAUUGAACCAGUUGGAAGUGAGACUGUAUGUCAUUGUCAGUUCUUUGAAGUAAAUUGAAAACAGCUCUUAGAGAAAGCAGAUUCUCCUCUGAAGAGAUGUUGGGUAAAGUUUUCCUGCUCAGUGAGUUCAGAACUUUGUUGUUUGUGAGCCAGGAGCCUGGAACCCAGAUCGCAGUAAGAUUUUCCUUCUUUAGUUUAGACACCGAGUCCAAGGCAGGAAGUUGAUUCUCCCUUGGACCACAGUGACUAAAGUGCAAAGAAGUGAUCUCAGAUGCCUUGCCUUUAUCAUAUUGCCAAAUUUUCAAAUCUUACUGUUAAUUUGUCUUCAUUAUUGCCAGAUGUGAUGCAAGCAUCACUAGGGACCUCUUCAAUAAUUAUGAACUUAUUUAAAGCAUUUAACUUUUCCAGACUGAAGCACAGAGGGUCAUUCAAGUCAUUAAUGCCUGAAAUUCAAAACUUAGAUUCAUUCUGCAUCAGUAUGAUUUUCCCUUUUACUCUGCUCAUAUGCUGAAAUUAUGGAUUGCAUAUAAUCUUAGCUGCUAGAGAAAUAGGAGGAGCUUAACUUCUCUUGGACAUUUGCAGGAAAAAAAUGUAUAAUUUUGAGACUACAUAUUCAAUUAACAGAAUGAGUCCAUUAGGUAUUAAGAAAUCCUAAAAUAACAGACUUAAGAAAAAAACUAAUGUAAAUAAAUAUCAAAUUACUUGCCUUAUUUAUAAGGAGGAAUGUUUAAAAUGUUGAAUUAUUCUAUGCUUUCUGAUACAGGAUCAAUUCAUGUACAACCUAUCCUAACAGAUUUCACACAACUUGUAUUUUUUUGUUCACUGUUGACACUAAUGAUAAGAUAGUUAUUGUGUAUAAUUUUAACUGUUUUUUGAAGAUAUUGGGGAAAAUAUUCCCUAAUUAUGGCAGACAACAUUUUCUAAAGAUUAAAUAUCUGUAGAACUCUUACAAUUUAUUGUCACAGUGUUCCUACAGAAAGAAACUAACAGUUAUUUUCAGAAUAAAACCAAUGGGACUAUGGUUUAAAACUUGACUGGAAAGUGCUUUGAUCUUUGUACACAUGUGACGGGUUUUAGUCCUUUUGAUUUAAUGUGAUAGGAAGUAAUUCACAAUCAAUUUUGCAGGAGAUGUGCUAUGCUAGUAUUUUUCUAAGAGAAUGAGAACCAAAUGUCAUUGCAAAAUGCCUGCCCUGUCCCUCCCACUCUUGGAUCAGCAGUAAUUGGACUUG